AUGACGACCGCCACGACGGCGCCCAGCGUACACAUUCCCAUCACCCGCCACAGACCCAGACUCCAAACCGCGCCGAAGAAGCCCUGGAACGUGUCGCCCUGGCAAGACGCCGCGGGCCGCACGAUGCUGAUCCCGCAGCUGUCGACGCAGCGGAUGCUGAUUCCGCUCGAGGUCUACAUUGACUUCAUCUGCCCGUGGUGCUACAUUGAGAUGCGCAGCCUCGACGCCGCCAUGACGCAGUUCGUCGCCGCGCACCCCGAGGUGGAGUUUGAGGUCAACUGGCGGCCCUUUUACAUUGCGCCCAUGCUCAAGAGCAGCUGCAAGACGCUCGACUUUUACCGCAGCGCCAUGCCGGACGGAGAGGAGAAGCUGCGGGCGCUGCUGGAGCGCGUCCGCGCCGCGGGCGAGCAGCACGGCCUCACGUUUGACUACGCCGGCCGCACCGGCCCGACGCGCAACGCGCACAAGCUCGUCGCGCUGGCGAUGCGCCGCGGUGGGCGCCAGGCCCAGGCGCUCAUGGUCGAGCGGCUGAUGCGCACCGCGCUGGUCCACGGCCGGGACGUCUCCGACCCGGACGUGCUGGCGCAGGUGGCGGCCGCCGACGGGCUGGCGCUCGACAGGGAGGAUGUGUUUCUGGAGCUGGCGGAUGACGAUGCGACGCGGCGCGUGGACCGCGAGGUCGAGGCCGCACAGGAGGCGCGCGGCAUCGAGGCGGUGCCGUGCGUGACGGUGCUGGGGCGCUUCAAGGUCGGCGGGUUCCAGGAGUCGCACGUCUUUACCGACCUGUUUGCCAAGAUUUACGAGGAGAAGAUUGCGCAGUAA